CUCGUGCGGCGCAAGCAGACUGACCAGACCUGUGAUAUAAACAUUUGAAGGAAGAACAUAUUCAUACCAACAGCCCGGAUCACACAGAAAACUUUGCGAAGCCACGUGUCGCUGCUACAAUGUUUGGCCUGCGAGCGUUGGAAGCCUUGAGACAGGGCUCUGGUGCUGUGCGUGCUACAAUGCACCGCCUACCCGCGCCGAUUCUCUCACGUCUUAGCUUUGCCACUUCGGAAUGGGCUGCUGACUUCGCUGACGUCAAGAAAGCGGUGAAGGAUGGCGACGCGACCAUCGUGGACGUGCGGAACCCUGAGGAACUGAAGACGGACGGCAAGAUCCCCACCUCCAUCAGCCUGCCACUGCCCGAGAUCAAGGAGGCGGUGGCGUUGUCGGAGGACAACUUCAAGAAGCGGUACGGCGUCGCCCGUCCCGGGGAACGUGACCCGCUGAUCCUGCACUGCAGGGGCGGCGUCCGCGCCCAGAAGGCGGCCGCCCUGCUGACUGAGGCCGGCUUCAGCAACUUGCGGGUGUACCAGGGCUCGUUCGCCGACUGGGUGAGCCAGGGCGGCCCGGUCGACAAGUAGCCGGGCGGCGGGUCUGCCGACGGCUGCUUCGACGUGACGCAGGUGGCGCCACCGCUGCGCAGACUCCGCGGCCCGCCGUCGGCCACUGCAGCCAGAUGCGGAUGCGAGUGCUUGAGGAAGCCGAGAUUUUGACGCUUUUCGUCUGCGCUGUUUGACUUUAUCCCAGAGUAGGUUCGGCGCGAAGCGAAGUGAACAUGUGAUACUGCGUCGGUGAUCUCUUGAGGUGGCUAGUGGCUGAGAAUGCACAGACAUAGAGCUGCAUAAUUUGGGGGUUUUCUGUGCAAUGGCAUCAUUGGUGGCGUUUUGCUUGAAUCAAAACAUAUUUUGAUGGAUGAAUGCUAUGUGUCUGUACCCAAGAAAUAUACUUACAAGAGUCCAUCG